GCGUGGGAAAUAGAUUCCCGGUCGCCCCAGCCGCUCCUGGGGAGCACAGGCUCCGGCUCCAGUUCUUCUAUCAAGUCCCUAAUUGGGUCAAGCUGCUGCACGGAGAGGCAGAGGAUGCGCUCCUAUCUUCCCUCCCCACACCCGCAGACCCCGUCAGUGCCAGCCAGCUAUGUGCCAGUGUAAAUCCUUAAGCGCCACCCACCCCCCCAACCCCCCCCCAGUCCCAGAAUUCGAAGUUAGGCUCGGUAGCAGCAGCCUGGAAUGAGACCCCCAGAGGAGGGAACCCCAGCCGACCGGAGGCUUGGGGGCGCUGCUGGACCGGGGACCUCGGAGCAGCCCAGCCACAGGCGCAGCCUUUGUCGGAGGCCCAGGCAGCCAGCGGCCAACCACCCAGUCCACCCUGGCUGCAGCUGAAGCCCAGCAGGGACUUUCCGACUGGAAAAAAUGAAGCAGCUGAAAGCACACCCGCGGGACCUAUAGGGAGUCCCUAAUGUUUUCGGUUGGGGGUGGGUGGAAGUGGAGGGAUGCCGGUGUCUAUGUGGGGGAAACCCACAAUGAACCCUGCCCUGUAUGCCGCGGCUUCUCCUACAAUUACCCACACCCUGGGGCUUUCCCAGGCGCCCCCACCUGCACCUUGUCCCCCUCCCAUGCUGACAGGGUUUGUUAGCAUCUGCUUGGGCCACUGAUAAAUAGAAUAGGGUUUAGUUAAGACACCCCUAAUCUUCGGCUGGGCUUCUGCAGCUCACCUCCGUCUUGUCUCCCACUACAUUUCCUCUGCCAGCCCCGCCCCCCAGCCACCGUGACAGGAAGCCCCAGUAGCGCCAAGAUAAUUGUGUCUGGUCCCACCCUUUCAGGAGGGGCCUAGGUUUUCAGGCAGAAGGGGAAUUAGGUUGGGCCUUAGAAGGUCCUUCAAGUGUACAUCCACGAUCCCAGCAGCAGACACUGGCAUCUGGCUCUGCCCCUACUGUAUAGAUGAGGCCUGAGGCCCAGCCAGCGCCCAAUGGAUGACAAAAAGAAGAAACGGAGUCCCAAGCCCUGCCUGGCCCAGCCAGCCCAGGCCCCAGGCACACUACGGAGGGUCCCUGUGCCUACCAGCCACAGCGGCUCCUUGGCCCUAGGACUUCCUCAUCUGCCAUCCCCCAAGCAGCGGGCCAAGUUCAAAAGAGUAGGCAAAGAGAAGUGCCGCCCAGUCCUGGCUGGAGGUGGAAGCGGCUCUGCAGGCACACCCCUGCAGCACUCCUUCCUGACCGAGGUGACUGAUGUCUAUGAGAUGGAGGGGGGACUCCUGAACCUGCUCAAUGAUUUCCACUCCGGCCGGCUGCAGGCCUUCGGGAAGGAAUGCUCGUUUGAGCAGCUGGAGCACGUUCGGGAGAUGCAGGAGAAGCUAGCCCGGCUGCACUUCAGCCUGGAUGUGUGUGGGGAGGAGGAGGACGAUGAAGAGGAAGAGGAUGGGGUCACUGAGGGGCUGCCAGAGGAGCAGAAGAAGACAAUGGCUGACCGUAACCUGGACCAGCUGCUUAGCAAUCUGGAAGACCUCAGUAAUUCUAUGUAUCCUUUCCAAGGAACCCGUCUAUGUGUGUGUGUUCCUGAGAGGUCAGUUUCCUCCUCUCCAGCCCUCCAGGAGUAUUCACACACAACCAACUUCCCCACCUCUUGCAGUCCUGUCAGAUUUAGCCACAGACUGCCCAAACCAGGUACAGGAAUUUAGAAUUUCCCCAAAAUUAGAAGAAAAGUGGUUGUAGGGGAUGUUUUACUACUGAUCAAAAUCUUUGUGAGUACUUUAGCUGACAUCAAUCAUAGCAAAGCUUGUCCGAUGUCCUCCUAUCCUUUCAGCAUUGAACAAUUAUUUUUACUAAUUUACACUACCACCUCACCUGGUCCUCAGUCAGAAACAGCGCGAGUGCGCGCGCACACACCCCAGUGUGUCUGACCUGCACGAUCUGGAUGAAGAGAGAGUGGGUGAGAGAGGGCAGGCGGGGACUGCAACCUCAGUCCACAGACGGCCCGAGACCCUCGUCCCCGGCCCUUUGCACAGGUGAGGGAACUAAACCUGUGCAAGAUGGGAGACCAGGGUGGGAGGAAGGACUGGUCCAAAGCGCCACGAUCCUU